CCACGGUCCUCUGCUCCUCGGCUCCUGAUGAAGGCGGCGGCGGCGGCGAAGGGAAGCGGUGGGAUUCCUUUCGCAAGAAGAAGGUGGUCAUGCGCGUCGGGUAUGUCGGCACCGAUUACAGAGCAAUUGAAGCUGAGCUGGAGUCUGCCAUUUAUAAGGCAGGGGGAAUUCUUGACAGUAAUUUUGGACACUUGCACAAAGUUGGGUGGGCCAGGAGUAGCAGAACUGACAAAGGAGUUCAUUCUUUGGCUACCAUGAUUUCAUUGAAGAUGGAAAUACCUGAACAUGCAUGGAAGGAGGAUCCUAGUGGCAUUGUGCUUGCAAAUUAUGUUAACUCUAACUUGCCCAGUAAUGUCAAGGUUUUCAGUGUUUUACCUUCCCAAAAGCAUUUUGAUGCAAGAAGGGAAUGCACUCUCCGUAUGUACUCGUAUCUCCUUCCUGCUGAAAUUAUUGGUAUAAAAAAUGAUUGCAGCUCUGCAGAAGUUGCUGAACAUCUAUCUGAGUUUGGCAAUAUUCUCAAAGGUUUUGAGGGAGAACAUCCUUUUCAUAACUACACUGUUCGUUCCAAAUAUAGGAAACCACCUCCUGGUAAAAGAGACUCGAGAAAACGAUCAAGAUUGACCGAGGAUAAAUUGGCCUCGGGAGUUGAGGACAGUGAUGAUGUUGGAAAUUUUCCAGUUGAAGAUGUUGCAAAAGAUAAACCUGAAGAAAAUUUCAUUUUGUCAUGUAACACUGAUUCUGAUGAAGAAGUAUAUGAAUCAUCCGAACAAGAAUCAAAUCAAAUUAAGAAUUUUGGAGUUCCUUCCCCAGUUCGUGCAAGAUGGCUUCAUGAGCCUGAUGAAAUGGAUAGACUAAACGCAUCCCACUUCAGAAAAAUCUUUGGCUUCUCUUGCGGAAAUCUGGAGACAUCAUUGGGAAUUAACUAUGUUGAGUUGUCAAUAUGUGGUGAAUCCUUCAUGCUGCAUCAGAUCCGGAAAAUGGUUGGAACUGCAGUGGCGGUGAAGCGUGGAUUGCUACCUAAAGAUAUCAUAGAAAUGUCACUGGCCAAAUUUUCUCGAAUAGUUCUGCCACUUGCUCCUUCUGAAGUCCUAAUCUUAAGGAGUAACCGCUAUGCUAUCAGAGGCCAUCCUGGAAACAUAACUCGACCCGAGAUGAAAACGAUGACUGAAUCUCAAGAAAUUCAGGGAGCAGUGGAUGAAUUCUACUCUUCCGUUCUCUUGCCCAAGGUCUCCAAAUUCCUAGAUCCAUCAAAAUCGCCAUGGCAGGAGUGGGUGGAUAACUUGGAAACAUACACAAGCAUUUCGGAUGAAGAACUGGACGAAGUUAGGAAACCAUGGAAUGUGUGGAAAGAAGGUUUCUCAAAAGCAUGGAAUGUUGAUUAAAUGAUGAAAUAUGUAUCAUUUCCCCCCUGUUUUAGUAACCAAAAUUUUGACCCUUUGUACCUGAUCCAGUUUUGCAUUAAUUUGCUGUAACAUCAUCAUGUAUACUCAUGUCUACUUGAGCUAUUCAUUGAUUACUUGGUUUCAACGCUGUGGUUACGAGAAAAAUACAUCAAUACAUGAAUCUUGA